AUGGCCGAGCUCCCAUCGCACCCCAUCUACCUGAGUAUCCGUGGGCCCUCGAUUUAUGAAGACGAGAACCAGCGCACAUGGCUGCAUCUCGUCAUGGACACAGGAGGUGACCUGCAAGUACAGUUGCGCCAGGUCGACUACCCCAGUGGGCAUAACGGAAUCACCACCAGCCAGCUGACCUCAAGCUCCAUGCCUUCAAUGUGGACGCUCCACCUGGGAAACCUGUACGUGGACUCCAUGGGCCGGUUCUGGCGCAUCGUGCACCACAUCAAGGAGGAUGACAUGGAGGAAAUGAUACUUGAGCUGAUGGACGACUCCUAG